AUGGAGGGUGAUCCGAAUAAGGGUUCGCCUGAUAAGCUAGAAGAUAACAUGGAUACGACGGAAGCAGUGGUCACCCCCCAGCCGCCUUUAUCAUUCAAGGAAAGGCUUUUGGGUAUCAGAAGAAGAAGAGCCACCAGGACAUUCCAGAUUGAACAGGGUGACGUCAUAAUGGAAAAGGUGCCCAUGGGUGGGAAGCUCAAAUUCUCCGACAGACUCAAAGCCUUGUUCAAAGAGGACUGGGAGCAUUUAGUUGUGGUGUCGUUGGUGGGGGAAACGCUAACCUACCGUGGAUUAAGUAACGCCGUCAAAAGGAUGUGGUGCCCGAAUGGGGAUUUCGAAAUCCUUGACUUCACCAAUGGGUUUUUUGGAGUACUGUUACCUUUUGAGGAAGACGAGGAGAAGGCUCUCCGAGAAGGCCCUUGGUUUGUAGGGCCUCACUGCUUAUCAGUGCAAAAGUGGAUGCCUGGAUUUAGGGGAUCAACGGCAAAAAUCCCAACAGUAGUCACUUGGAUUCGACUACCGGAUCUUCCAGUGGAGUACUACCACGAAAUUACCUUGUUCUUAAUUGGGAAUUUUGUUGGGAAAAAAACACUUAAAAUUGAUGAAAAAACAUUAAAUGCGAAUAGAGGCCAUAGUAGUGCUACCUAUACGGUCGAGCAAAGACAACAUUCACCGGCUGCCCAAUCGGGGUCUUGUCCCGGUGCACAGGGAAACGGGGAGUCGAAAGGAGUGGUUGAGAACCAAGGGAGAGGUAAUAGCAAUAUGAGUGCGACUGAAGAGGGUGGUCCAGUGGGACUGGGCCCUUGGAUGAUAGCUCAGAAGAGACGGGAGAAGUUCGGUCGGCAGUCGGAAUCGCAAAUGGAGCAGGUAGUUCAGCAGGGGAGACAUGGAGCGCCGGGAGGCUCGAGAUUCAAUGUGCUUACAACGGAACCUAAGAGGGACGUUGAGGGUUUCUCAAUGGUCCAAAAUCACAGAAACACGAAUGAGUUUUCCUUUGUCAGCCCACAUAAUUAUGAGAAUCAAGCUGGCCCAGGCCCGAAGAGCCAAAAGGCCCAAAAACCAGGAGAAAGGAAUGGUAAAGGUAAGGGUAUGGCCCAAGCUCCCAAAGAUGAACCUACGAAGUCUAUUGUGCCAUCAAAGCUCACCGAGCCUAACAAGUCGAGCACUGAGGCAUCUUCUGGAUUUGUACUGGGUCUAACAGUCGGAAUGAAAACUAAUGGAAUUAAACAGAGAGGUAAGUCAGUAAAGACUAGCAAUAAACAGAUAGAGGGGGAUUCAAGUGAGAAGAGGGACAGAUUUGUAUAUCCGAUAUUGGGGUGGGAUUCGGAAUACUCCAUCCCUACAGAGGGAGGAAAGAGGAGCAGAUUAACACCAAAAUCAAAGAAAGGGGUGGUCAGGCCGGAGAGUUCGGAUAUUAUGACGGAGCCCGGCCGGAUCUCUGUCCAGGAACCUAGUAAGCCGCCAGAUCCACAGAGGAUUGCGGAGGCGGAGGCUCCACAGGGAGCAUUUAUGAUGAUUGACUUGAUGCAUGAACUUGUGGAGCCUCCCGACCCGGCCCAGCAAGGUCGUUUCGAGGCGGUGCAGGGAGCAAAUUUAUCCGAUGUGGAAGGCAUGGGUCCUCAAGAAGGGAACUAG